CUCGAAAAUUUUAGAAAACUUGCUAUUAGCUGUUAAAGUUAAAAAUGAGUAUGAUACGGUAGGAACCACAAUAGAACAGAAAAAAGAGAAAGAAAAGACAAUGUUUCGAACCAGAAGUGCUUGUGCUCGAUUCUCAAUCCAUUUCAAGACAAGACCCUUUUGCAGCACUAUCAAAGACAGCAAGAACAGAAACAACAAGAACAACAACAGUGACAUUGUUGAUAGCAAGAUUGAAUCAAAUUUGAGCACUUUCAAUGAGUCAUAUCGUCAGCUUGACAAUCUCAACUUCAUGACUGCUGCUAAGAUCCUUUUCACUCAACCUCCAAAGAAAAAGAAAUUUGGGAUAGAUUUCCAUUUGGUGCAGCUCUUCUUUGCCUGCAUGCCUUCACUGGCUGUGUACUUAGUUGCUCAAUAUGCUCGCUAUGAAGUGAGGAAAAUGGAAGCGGAACUAGAGGAGAAAAAGAAGCAGGAAGAAGCGAAAAGAAUGCAAGAAGAAGAGGAGAGGGAUAAAGAGGGGGGAAAAAUCGUGACGGAUCCAGAGCUUUCUGAGGUAAAAGUGAGACUAGGUAAACUAGAGGAGGCAAUAAAGGAAAUCGCCGUUGAAUCAAAGAAACAAUCAGCAGUCAACAUAACUAAAGCUCAGCAGAAUGCUAGUGAACCGGGUGAAGAAAGAAGUAAACCAGAGUCCAGCAGUUCUGUGAUGCAAGAUAAGGGUACUAAACAAAACCCUAUCGAACAAAUACCAAAUGCCGAUUCAGGCAAAGCAAAAAGUGUCACCAGUUUCUGAUGCUCCCCGGAAGGAUCAAAAGGGGGAGAACCAGAUAGGAGGACCUUCUCAAAAUGCCAAAAUAUGAUGAAGAACAAAGCUUUCAUUCUCCUUUUUUGUUGGUUAUAAGAAAAGCAUACAGCACUACACUGAAGUCCAUUGGCCCCUAGGAUAUAUAGUGAGUUCUUACCUUUCUUCACUGGCGUUGGUGAUGAAGAUAGGUUCUUGGCAAGGUAUGUCAACGUGCAUAAUUUUCUCUGUGACAGCUUUCCGAUAUCUACCAUGUAUUUGAUCACAGCGCUCGUCUGCCCCUCUUUUUUCCGAAGUUGAUCUUUCAACCGUAUUGCAUGCUUUAUUCCAAUUUCUCUUGUUAUCCAUUUUCUCUUUUUUCCCCUUUGUUAUCCAUUUUUCUCUCUUUAUCCAUCCCUCUUUCACAGC